UGGAGCAACUUCCUGAAAGAUUGACAGCUAGAAGCGCUCUCGUUGAGCGGCGGAACCGAUCGCUCCCGUUGUGUGCGAGGGAGAGACAAUCACAACUCGCACAUUAGUUUUUCUCUCUCUCUCCUUUGCUUGGAAUUUAACCGCGUACUUUCCGAAGAAGUUCGCGCAAAGAGCAGCGCUCGGUUUCGGACUCCCAUGAGGACGAACGGGGUGUGAACGCGGCGGCGCGGACGCCUCCAAAAAAGAGAAAACCCCUCCAAACCCCCCCCCCCCCCAGAAGAGGAGGCAGACCUGUCCGCUCGAUGGCUGCUGGGGAUGGAGCCCAGCUGCCGGCCACCGUAGCGGCCAGCCGCAGCGUGGAGAAGGCGCUCGAGGAGGCUGCCGCGAGCGGGGCUCUCAACUUGUCCAACCGCAAGCUGAAGGAGUUCCCCCGCAGCGCCAGGAACUACGACCUGUCCGACAUCACGCACGCAGACCUUUCCAAGAAUCGUCUCUGUGAGGUUCCGGAGGAGCUCUGUCAGUUCAUCUCUCUGGAGACACUGAGCCUUUACCACAAUGGGAUGCGUUCGCUGUCCUCCAGCCUGGGCAACCUACAGGCCCUCACCUACCUCAACCUCAGUCGUAAUCUCCUGUCGAGUUUACCCCCGUCAGUGUUUCAGCUUCCUCUCCUGCGAGUGCUCAUCAUCAGCAACAACAAGCUGUCUUCACUGCCCGCCUCCAUUUACUCCCUCACACACCUCCGACAGCUGGAUGUAAGCUGCAAUGAGCUGCAGUGUUUGCCUGCAGAGCUCGGUCAGCUGGAGUGUCUGAGGGACUUAAAUCUGCGGAGGAAUCAGCUCACCACACUGCCUGAAGAAAUAUCCGAGCUCCCUCUUGUGCGCCUUGACGUGUCCUGCAACCGCAUUUCCAACGUGCCCUUGUGCUACCGCCACCUGCGGCAUCUCCAGAGCAUCUUGCUGGACAACAACCCGCUGCAAAUGCCGCCUGCGCAGAUCUGCUCUAAGGGCAAAUACCACAUCUUCAAGUUCCUCAAUAUGGAGGCCUGCAAGAGGAGCCAGGAGGAGCUGGAGAGACACCUGAGACCCACUGGAUUCAACAGCUGCCUGUCAGACCAAGAGCUGUUCACCGGUCAGUUUGGAGGACUGGACUCUGGCUUCAACAGUGUUGACAGCGGCAGCAAGAGAUGGUCUGGGAAUGAGUCAGCAGAUGACUUCUCAGAGCGUUCCCUCCGCAUGGCUGAAGUCAGCAGAGACCAGAGGAACCUGGAGGAGGAGGAGGAGGAGGAGGAAGAGGAGGAUGUAUCUCCUCUGGAGCCGAACAAAAGUGAGGGAGGGCACACCUGCUUGAAUGGAGAGGCCGAGCAGGUGGACUUCAUUGACAGUAGCGUGACGGAGGAAGAGGAGGAGGAGACCAGGAUGGGUCCACCCACGCCUCCUCUGGAUCAGAAGCAGAGGUCAUCACCGUCACAAACCCAAGAUUCAACAACAUGCAGGUCCAGCCUCCACGUGGAGGUGGGCCCCCAGUCGUCAGCCUCCUCGUCUCCCUUGUCCCCCUCCAGCCCCACCUUGGAGGAGCGGAGGAGGCCGGGCACCCUGUUCAUCUGGCAGGAGAGAGAGCGGCUGCAGCAGCAGCAGAGGGAGAAGGCCAGUUUGCUGAAGUCGUCGACCAAAACAGGAAGUCAUGUGGCCACAGCACCGCAGGCAGGAAGUAGCUCAGCUGGUGCAUCUCCAGAGAACAGCAGCUCCCUGUCAGGCCUGCGGCAGAGAUGUGCUAGCGCUGAACAGAUGGGCACAGUGUCUCCCUCAGUACUUCUACAACACUCCUACAGUAGAACAGAUGUCCCGUCCUCCACGAAGACGUCCCCUCCACCCGGUCAGGCCCAGAAACCCAACAGCUUCCUGUUCCGCUCCUCCUCCCGGAACAAUGUCAAACCCACAGGCGCCAUCUUUACUCUCGGCGAGUCUGGCAGAAGUGAGUCUCGCACGACGCUGCGUUCUCCCACAGACGAGAGGCUAGACAUCACCCAACUACGCAAGACUCUGGAGUCUCGGCUGAAGAUCACUCUGCCUGAGGAUCUGGGUGAGGCCUUAUACAACGGCACCGUCCUCUGCCAGCUGGUCAACCAGAUUCGACCGCGCUCCGUUUCAAUCAUCCACAUUCCCUCCCCAGCCGUGCCAAAACUGAGUUCAGCAAAGUGUCGACUCAACGUGGAAAACUUCAUUGCUGCUUGUCGCAAGCUGGGAGUCCCCGAGACUGACGUGUGUGUGAGCUCUGAUGUGCUUCUGUGUAAGCUGCCCGCUGUGCUGCGCUGUGUGGCGGCCCUGCUGGCCACGAAGGGGGGUGGAAUGGCGGAGGACCACUCCCCUUGCCACUCCUCACCUUCGACUUCAUCGUCGUCCACCUCCUCCUCGUCCUCGCUGCUGUCCACAGAUUUCCUGCUCUUCUACUGUGCGGCCAUGGCCAUGCUCUACUUCCUCUACUGCUACCUGCUCACCUAGAGGAGACACACACACACACACACAACACAAAGUACUUACACAGUCACAUGUUGAACUGCUCUACAAACACAAACAGAAACAUGUACCGCAGUCGAAGUUUUGUAAAGUCUGAGGCCAACACACAGCUGCUCUCACAGCUGUCAUCUCAGACUGUGUGUGAGUGUGCGUGUGUGUGUGUGUGUGCGUGUGUGUGUGUAAUAUGCAUACUCUGUGUGACUGUAGAGCAGAUGUCAAGAGACCUGAGAGUGUGUGUUGAAUGUUGGAGCCUUAUAGAGCGGGCAGUCGAGCACCUUUAACAGAAUACACUACUCAGACUUCAUUUUUACGUUGACACGAAUGGAAAGCACUAAAGUGAUGGACAAAUGCUGCCUGAGAGCAGAUGAACAGUAAAAUGCCUUAGCUUAGUUUAGCCUUCACUCAGUAACAUGGUUAACUGUCAGGUGCUCAGAGGCAAAAAUCAAUCUCUCUGGUUGGGACAUGACUGGGGCAGAGCAAAGGACGCACACCCUCAGUCAACAGCAUUUACACUUUACAAAUUAUUCCUAGUCUAAACUGGAAUAUCUUCCUUCACAGCUUUUUGAUUCUGCACGAUGUAAAGCAACAAAGCAUUGAGACACUCAAAGAAGUUUCUUGAGAGCAGAGCACACAAAGCCGCAACAAGCACAAGCCCUUUACUUUGGACCUGUUCAGACCUGGUGUUAACAUCCAUUUCGAUUGUGGCGUUAGCCUCAAAUAUAUUGGCGCAUGUGAAACGCUGAGACGUGCAAAAAUACUUUUGGUUUCUGUAGUUGGUCAGAGGACGUCAGCUGAGUAGACGGUCGAGCACACACCCAUGUUCACACUGCUUAAAGAAUGUGGACACGUGAGUCUGAGUGAUCAGAUCUCAAAUGGAUCCUGGGUGCGUUUACACCUGAACUUUGCCAUCACAAGCUGUCCACUUGUGAUGAAAUCAUCUCAGGAUGGAUAGCAAACAACCGACUGCCAACACGUACAGGAUACAACAUGCCUGUAGCCAUCAAACACAACUGAACGCAUAGCUCACUUACACAGAGAAACAUUAGUAUUCAUUUGGAGUUGUAUUUGUGUCAAACUGAUGAAAGUGGACGUGUAACGUUCACUGCAAACAUGAGAGAGAGCCUUGAAACAACCAGAACAGUGAUGUCAGUGGGCCAUGAAACAAAAACAGCAAGCUAAUUCUUUGUGGGUCGGUCAUGAGUGGCACUUUUCAUAUUCCACACAAACAUUUAAUCCAUUUUUAAAUUAAAGAAUAUUGACUGGUGCAGGUUUAAGACACAUUUACACUGAGAAUGAGAAACCCCUUAUACCAGACUACAACUCAAACCAAAAGUUGUGUUAAAACUUGGGUUUGACUUUCAAAGUGUAUACUAUCAGAUUAGAUAACAUAGUACUUACCAAAGUAAUUGUCGAGUUCUGGGCUUGUGGCAGUGUCAUUAAACAAACACGAGCAGUCCGACCGGUGUAUAGAACAGAAUUAGGAAGCAGUGAUAAAUCGUCGUGGUCUGCAGGAUGCUUAAGCAGCUUAUCUAAAUGCUGCUGUUUCUAGUCAGAAUUACAAAAUGCUGACGACUGACUGGAUAUCCAAGAAAACUGGGUGGUUGGAUAAAUGUUUAAAUAUUCUCAUCACUCAACCAGAAAGAAACUGUUGUUGUUAAGCUCUGCCCGUCAAGUUAUAAGUGAACCACUGAGAUUUCUUCUGCCUCCAGAGCAUUUCUCUCUGGGAGAGGUCACAGCUUAAACUCCAGUCCGCAUGUCUGUAGCUGUUUAUAUACAGUCUAUGGUCUGUAGGCACAUAACUCAUCCUGAGAGAGAAGCUGUCGCGGUGACCAGAGAGUGAAUUGUGAAUGUGAAUUUUUUUUAAGCCUUGAGGCAGAUGCAAGUUAGUUGCUAUGGGCCCUGGAUGUUAAGCGAUGUUAUUGUUCUCACAACAACGUGACAGUGAGACAAAGAAUAAUACAGUGCCUGUUCUUGAAUGAACCCCGACCACUUGCAGAGACUGCUCUUGUUUCUGUCUCUGCUAUGUUAAAUGUGAGCAGCAGGGGGCGAUGUCGCUUCACCAACCCCCCAGCUCGAACAGACGGUACAAACCCCAACAGGAUGUUUGUGUGUGUGCGUGUUAACUUCUUUUUGGGGUUGUCACUGGUCCUUUUGACUAGCUGACUUUGUGUUUGUAUAAAUGUAAACAAGAUGUUAAAUUAUUGCUUUUUUAUUUUAGUAUUUUCUCAUUGGUGCGUUUUGUGUUUUUGGUGAACAAGCACAGGCGUCACUAAUUUGGUUCAGCCUGUACGCAAAUGUUUUUUUUAAAGCCUGUUAAGGCUUUGUGAAAUCAGCGUGUGUUAUAAAUCACACACACAAACAGGUCAAUUAGAAGUAAUCAAUAUUCAAUUAUUCAGAGGUAAAAUGACAUUGAUUGUUUAAAAGUUUUGCCCUUCGUUGGACUGGUAAAUAAUUAAUUCCUUAGGCUACACAUUUCACAGAGCAUCAAAUGAUCUGCGCUGAUUCGCCACACGCUGUGUCUGGCUUAUUGCUCAUAGCAGGUCAAUGUCAAUCACACAGAUUGUAAUCUAAUCACUGUGUUCAUUUGACUGAUGUGGGCUUCAAAUGUUUAAUGAAAUCCAGAUUGUCUAAACAGAGCCCCAUAAAUAGACUGACAUUAAACUAACGAAGUAGGGUGACCAACAUAAAUUAUUCAUAUGGAACUAUUCCAUCGAAUGUCAUGGGAAAAUUAAAUGAAUAAAUGAUCUAAAUUAUACAUUGGUAUGCUUUUCUUUUGUAGCUGUGAGAGAGAGAGUGAGAGAGGAACGUCAUAAUAUCAAAAAUAAACGGUGAACUUGUCCCUGAAUCAGCGAAGGCUGAUCCCAGUGCUGCUACGCCCAGAGCAGUCUUAAAAUGUGGAGCCCCAAUAAUACAUUGUGUAAAAUAUAUACAUUCAUUAGUAAUUCAUCAAACGAUAUAAGGAGUUAUUACAUUUGAACUGUUAUUUCUUUCUUAUGCGGACCGAUUCUCUCUCUCCUGUGAACAACCCCCACCAUUCCCCGAACCGCUGACUCCUUUACGCAAUGCCGGGGUCAGUGGUGUUCACGUCAGGCUGCUCUUUCACUUCCUAUAAUGACUCUCUUGCCCUGCACUUGCAGCGAACGCCUCAAAGGCUGUCUGUGUCUGACGGGUGGCCCUCACCACUGAGCAGCCCGUGGAUUCACCCUCCUUGGGUUGGACCACUUGUUCACUGUUUCUGUAGGGUAUCGGCCCUCGGCCCAUGACCUGACUCGCCAAACGGCUGAAUCACAACGAGCAGGUCGAUGCAGAGUUUCGUUCAAUUUAUUUUUUAUCCUUGUGUGCCUCCGAUUCAAUGCCACCUCUCUUAAGCAAGCCCAGCAAAUGCCACCAUAGUAGUUCUGUUAGCUCUUUCUUUUCAUUCUGAAAUAACAAACUGGCUGUUGCAGUAAAUAACCGCAGUACACAGAGUAACUAACGUCUCAACUUGUAUUUAGUUUAAUAGGACUACAAAUGCUAAGUAGGGUUGUGAGCAAGAUUCAACAUUCGUUGUCCAGAGAGAACCUCCCUUUUUCGUUCUUGUGUUGUACAAAAUUAAAUCCAAAUGCAGUUGAGGUAAAUCUGGAGCAGUAAACCAACACAGCAACAACUGCUGGUUGGUUGAUUCAGCUAACAGGAGCUAACUUACUAAUUUAUGAGCAGUUGUUGAGCUUGCUAGCUAAAAGGCCUGAUGGAAAAAAAAGCCAUCUCCCUGUGUGAAUUGCUUAGUAAUCGUCAUUCAUAAUAUAUGUCAAAAAAACAAUAUUAUAGUAUUUUUACAUACAAAACUGCCAGUUGGCAGGUGGCACACAGGGAACUACGCUGUAAGAUUCAUAAGUUAAAUCCGCAGGCGUAGGCAAAAACCUUGCGUUUUUACCGGACACAAAUAUAUAUGCCAAAUCAAAUAGUCAAAGUUCUAAAAAAUGUUCACUGUUUUUUUUUUUAAGAGAGGUGUAGGGUUACAUGACGGGGUGAAAGGUCAGAGGGCUGUGAUGCUGUCACUGUUUAUGAAAGAAAUGAAAUGUGACGAUAAAAAGACAAUUACAUAAAAAUAACCUAUGAAAUGUGACGACAUGAAAAUAACAAUGAACUAACAUUUUAUGUUAAUGAGUUGAUCAUUUCUCAAAUCACUUUCCAAAUUGGUUCCUUUAUAUAUUUCAUACAAUUUAUUUGCGCGUCUUAAUUUCACAAUGUCUUCAUUGAAUGUUAAACAAGUCGAGGCCCCAGAUUUGACAACAGCCAUUCUGUUGAAAUUGAAAUAUACUCUCUUAUUCAACAAGUCAUUGUACAGCACACUGGUUAUUAUUGUCUGCCGUCCAUUUUAUGUCCACAUCUCUGCUGUCUAGAGGUUAGAAUGUCCACUGUAAAAACCUCCCUUCCCAUGUCUGGAGUUUUUUAUUAGCCUGCUGUUAAGAUUACAUUUAUACUGUUUCAAUUGAAAUGUAUAUUUUAUAAAUGAAACUGAACAAGCAACACACGGUAAUUCGUUCACUGGCUUAGACCAAGCUAUAUUCUUAAACAUGUUAGCGGAACAGAAAUACUGCUGUGUUUUAUAUUUAUGAUACUCUUGUAUAAUUAAGAAUCAUUCGUUGAGUUUAUAUAAAUCUAUAUGUAAAGUUUUUCUUUUCUUCCCGCUGUAAAGAAAUUAUUAAAACUGAAACCUUGACAUGUGCUGUUUGUCUGCUUGCCCGCUGUCUUGCUUUUGCUUAAUCGGCCAAAAACUAAAUGUGAUCAGGGUAUCUGCAGCUGGCUGAACAUUUUAAUAUGCCCCCCCCCCCCAAAAAAAAUCUAAAUUUUGUAAAUGUGGAAAUAUUCUAUAUUUUUGUUCCUUUGGUCAAAUACAAUGAGCCAGUGUCCUCUAGCACAGAUUAUUAUUAUUAUAAGGUAGUUUAAUCCUCCACUAAAUAUAGUCUCCAACAGUCUCCUCCUGCAUUAAGAAACGACUCAUCCCUUUUCAGAAAUGAAGCGAUAUAUUUGAAAGCUUUACAUGUGUGUUCCUCGUCCAAGUUCAAAUUUCGAGCACGGCGUCUUUGUUGCCCCGAUCGAGGGGCAAUGGGGGAAAAUGUCUGUUUCAUGAUAUCGGGCGUGUUUCAAAUCCUAAUUGGUACAAAAAAAAACACAAACAAAUUUUAACGUUUGAAAUACUUUGUGAGAGCCAUUCGUAGCUGAGGUGGUGAACAGAUAGGCCUUUCUGUUCUUACUGUAGCACGAAGAGCAAAGAGAAUGUUCAUCAAGGGCUUCGAUCAAAAACUGGUGUAUGUGCUUCGUGAGGCCGACAUCUCACCUCUGGGGUUUGUUGUUUCUUCCAACUCGGCACAAGAAAUCUUGUGCUUGAACACCGACUCACUACAGUUGGUGAGAACGACCCACACGAAGACGAGCUUCGUGAGUCGAAGUCUAAAGGGUUGUUCGAAAGCCUCUAGAGGUUGGCAGAUGUCAGAUGUAUGUCUGGUUAACUUCUCAGAUGGGCGUUUGUUGACAAAGGAAAAAAUCUCGGAUGAUUCCACAUCUACCACUUCAAACUAAAUGAGCGAGUGUGCGCAGCCCCUGCAGAUGUCCUGAUGUGAAUCCACUGUGCCCUGUGCUUUAACCCCGUCCGAGGCCCCUCUGUGCUCUGCAGGAGGUUUGCCUCACGAAUGCCAGCCGGCCCGAGCCGGAGCGUAGUGCGUGUGUUGAGUCUCGGUCAGAGACGAGGCCGCAUCGGCCUGUAGGUUGGUAUGGCACCUGCGCUGCUGCCUUCCCCCUCGGUCUCCCCCUCGCCGCAUCACCUCCGCGUGCGGCCGGCCUGCUGCCCAGACACGCCCGUGGGGCCCCACAGGCUCUGGGUUCUCAUGGGUGUCAUCAGACCUCAGGUUCAACAGUUGAUCAGCUCAUCGCGACAGAGUCGGUGGCGCUGAUUAUGAAGAUUGAGUCUUUUUGAAAUUCCUAGUGGGCCUUUACUGGGACAUGUCAAUUUCUUUGUGGGGGAGCGAGUUCCUCUCGCAGGUUCCAUCUGAAAUGAAACAAGCCUCAGAACCAGUGCAGCAGACAUCAGGCAGUGCAGGGGGGGCAAACCAAUUUAGAUUCAUACUUGAAUGCUGAGAUCUGAUGCAACAACUUUCAGGAUAGAAUAAUAAACCCUUGAAUUAUUGCUGUAAAAGCAGUAAAAAAAAAAAAAAAAGCAUGAAAACAAAAAAUCCUUCAGCAAGAUUUGAAGAAAAAAAAGCACAGACAUUCAAUUCUCAAGGUUAACCAAUACCAAUUUAUUUGCUUGGAAACCAUCUAAGUCUGAGCUAUGACGAUGCACUAUCCACGUCAUGGCAUUACACAAGGCCAGGUCAAUCUCUUUGGGGCGUUUACCUUUAUAUGUGUUUCUGUCUUCUCUUUUCCCGGGAGAAACGUCGAGCGAUAAUCUAUGUACAGCAUCAGGCUUCUUUUUUUGCUUUUUUUUAACAGUGCACAUGAAACUGCCACAUCCCCAUAUUAGGUCAAACUAGUUCAUCAGUUACAGAGCCACGUCAUUCACCUCGUAAGGAUGCGCCGGCAGAUUGCAGUGAGACGGGCCCGGACUGUGGAUGGAGCGACGGCGGCGGACGCGUUGCCAUGAAAUGUGUGCAGGCGACCUGGUGGUCGGCCAACUCGCCCCAGUGCCACCACGUGUAGUGAGUCACUGACCCUCCACGACCCCGUCGUCUCGGCACCCACUGAAUGGACCGAUCCGGACUUCUCAUCUCGCGCCACCCUCGGGUCAAAGCGUCACCCUGUCCAGUGCUUUUGCUUUGUGAUCAAAUAUCUGCAACCCCCCCCCCCCCCCCCCCCCCCCCCCCCCUUCCCGGCUCGGCUGCAACUUUCCAAGGCCAACAUGCCCAAUUAAAAAGAAUGAAGACUGUAGGCUAAACAUAAUUGCCAAUUGAUUUGCUAAAAGUGGUUAAAACCACUAAGUCCAUCCAAGUUACUGCUCACCCGUCAUAUCCACUCAUAUCUCAUCCACAUGCUUUAUUAUUCUGUCGCUGAUCACAUUUUUUCUGCGAACCCAGACCCUGAUCAGAGUCAGCUGUAAGUUGUGUUUUGUCGAACCAUCUGCAGGCCUGUGAGCCUGCGGUGUUAGUUUGACUUGCCGCAGGCCCGGUCGGAUGCUUCUGUCCCUUCAGCGGCGGAUCCAAGUUUGUUGUCCGAGCAACGAGCGUCAGUCAAACAGGAAGUAGGCAACAAGCCCAAUCCGCACAAGUGCACAUUCAGCUGAAUCAAGAUAUUCCAAGAUGUGGUCCUGAAACGUUGCAUCACAAGAAUAAAAGUGUUUACUGUAGAAUGACCAGUACUGGAUUUAGCAAGGCCAAAUCUGAUAAUGUCUCAGCUGAUAUUACCUAAUAAAUAAUAUAAAUAAACAAUUUUUGAAAAAAAAAAUCCCCCAAAUUAGUUAAUUAAAGAAUUUUAAACAAGAUAUGCUGUUUUACACUACAGUCCCCAGGUUUGUAAAUGGGAUUUAGGGAAAGCAGCUAAAGAAAAUGCUAAUUGAUGCAAUUUAGUUUUUACUUUUUCAAACGUUGGCGAACUUAAAAAAAGGAUUCAAAAGAAACUGAAUCCGACGUAUUUUCAAUAU